GUAGAAGAAUAUAAACGAAAGUGUCAUACGCUCCAUAACAAUUUAGCGUACUGCCACAAGUUUUAUCUGCGUUAAGAGUAUGAAGCAUAUAUUUUUUCUGGCAUGUAUGUGUGGUUUCCACAAGUUUGUUGAAAAUGAUGGCAAUAUAUUUAUCAACCUUAAAUCGUACAAAAACCCAACACAUCGUUUAUCAAGCGGCCGCUGUUGUGAACAAGGUUUGGAAAAAGCAUGUAAAGGUUUAUCCCGUUGCGAUAAUUGCACGAUGGAAUGCGAUAACCUCUUUUUCAUCAACAUGACACACACAAGUAUGGAUGGAAACAUCACAGCAUAUAAAACUGUCAGAACUAACGUGAUAGCAUACACAGACAACAUUCGCAAAUUCCCAAAAAACCUCACGAAUAAAAUACCCAAUCCAGUCUCCUAUCGAUUUAAAAAGUACAGGGUAAGAAGUUUGUUAUUCUUCAAGUUAUUUCAGUGUGUCGGAUAGCCUUUGUUCUGCAAAUUACCCCUAACCCUAUUAAUUAACCCUAUUCGGUCCGGGGUUUUUUGAACAUAUUAUGACCGACGGGGAAGGGGGGUGGACGGAAUCCCCUUAAUAGCUUUUCAUAGGCUUGUCCAAAUUGCAUCAAACUAAGCACACUUAUAUAGAGCUACUUUUAAAAUUCUGAUUGAAGUUUCUAAAAGCUGAAUAAAAUUUAUUUAACAUAUUUUCAUUUUUAUUUAACACAAAUCCGUUUUCUUCCCGAUUUUCGGUUAAAAUCCGAAAAAUCGGGAAAUCGAGUUAUCACGUGUCCAAAAUAUGCAAAAAGAUUCUUCUUGAUGAAAGAAAGUUGUGUUGUAAGUUUCAAGUUGAAAGGAUAAUCCUAUCAAAAGUGAUUAUAUUUUUCCCAUUAUAAGGGUUUCAUAGAGAUUUUUAGAUGUAGUUUCGAGUAAUAGCCAAUAUCAAAGCCUCUGAACGGUAUGGGACCUAAAAAUGUGGCAAGCAGGUGUCUAAUAGAUAAAUAUUGAAUUUCAGAGAGUAUUGUAGCCAUGCAACGUAGCAUUAAGGAGUUAUUAAAAAAACCGUUAGGGAG